GUAUGAAAGGUACUAUGCAAACUAAGUUUAUUAUUAUUAUUAUUAUUAUUAUUAUUAUGGUAUCUCUAAGCUUGUGUUUGGACAGGAGCGCAAUUUCAGUUCUUGCCAUAUGUAGGCGCUAUUUUCCAUACGACCCUGCGUACAGGUUAUACAUUUUCAAAGUGAUAUAAACCGGUGAUGUAAGAUACCUAUCCAUGUGCUUCUGUGUAGGCCUACUUAGGGCAAACCCCCCAUAUGGCCCCCAAACAUAUGGCAAGCACUGAAACAUGACAAAGUCCUGGAACAUUCUACCAAUUCUUAUUCAAGAAAUGCUAACCAAUUUAUAUAACAUUCUGUCUGUUUAUCGUGUAAGCUACAGUAAGCCAAGGCUCAGAACAUGCAUUUGAAGGAGAUCUGGGGAGACCACUGGAGAAUUCUGAGUUUGAAAAUGGCUUACGAAAUGUUAUUUUAAUUACUGGUGGGAAUGGGAUAUUCCAGUCCUGUCAAUGCCUGGUUGAUACUUUGGUUGGUAGAAAAAAAACAUAGGGAAUAAGUGAUGCCUAGCCAUCUGGUCAAUUCAUAUUCCAAUUUAAAUAAUUCAGUAUUAAUGGAAAGAUUUGACUUCACUUAAUCUAAUUAAAUGGUGAAUUGAAAAAAAAGAAGAAAAAAAAAGAAAACGUUUUCUGACUGACUUCCCACAUUGAGAUUACUUGAAGAUUGGGGUGGGCUGCUACUACUGUGUGAAGGCUCACGUGAAGUCAGAGGGCUAACACCAGCUCACUUAACUUUCCCUGAAUUAUUUGCUUGCUGUUCUAUGUGUAAUGUAUAGGCACAACUCCUCUGGCCUUUAUAGCCAUACUAUUGCUAAUAUACUGUACAUGUUGUGACAACACGACAGAUUUGGAUAUUUUGGGCCAGUAAUCUAAUUAUUCCGUGUUAAUAAAUGAAAUAAAGCAUUAAUCUGACAGCUACUAGCUGACUAACCUAGCUAUCUACAUAGGUUAGCGGUCAAUACAAUCAAACCAGCACUCAGCAAGCUAGCUAACAAGUAGACUAGGCCUACAUUAACAUCUAGGUCUGUGAAAAUUGGACGGAUUGGACUAGUUGACGUUACUACAUUCGGAUGGAGCUCCAGAUUGACAAUGAUCAGUUCUUGUCCUUCGCCAGGAGGUCAAAGGAGGUGCAACGUACGUGUGAGGAGGAUGUGCCACAGGCAAUAUCUUUCCAAGAGCACAAUGAUUUCCCAAAGUAUGAUGAGGAAUUUUGGGAUAGAAUUGUACAUCAGCCCAGUGUCUCUUCUGUUGACCACCAGUGAUGAGAGUCUCCAAGUCAACUGCUCCACCUCCCCUAGAGGCUCUAUGAAUUCAAAGGUAGUCACGCGGGGGCAAGCCUCAGGACGUCGACGGGGUGAAGCUCUGGGUCCAAUAGUAGAGCAGCUGCCCUCCCCAGCGGAGCUAAUGCAGCACAGGCAGAAAGGGAAGCGAAGCGCAGAGGUGCAGAGGGCACCAGCGUUACAGCCUAAAAUGGCCGCCGUGUUGCACCACAUAGGAGAUCUGAAGAGAAGACAGAGCUCCAUUGACCUGCUCAAGAGAAACUCCUGGUGGAGCAAUGGCAAUACCUUUGGGCCAACAGAAGACGACGCGACUGGGCACAAGGAUCUAACAGAGACUAGGGAUGAGCAAUGUCUGGAGUCUUUUUCCAGAGACAGUUUAAAGGAGACUCCAAUGGAGAUACAAGAUAUCCCCCACACAUAUACAAAUGCUGCAUUGUACAGCCACAAGAAUGUGUUUCCUGGGUGUGAUCAGAUGCCGAGUCUUGCGCCAGGUGGAAAUCCCAUGAUGGCUUUUGUUCUGGCGUCCGCGGACCGGCAGUCACAGAGGGCCUGGCAAAGCCCCGGGCUGCCGCAAGAACAAUUAUGGGGAUUUGAGAACAGAACUGGGAAGUGAAAAUGUUAUUUUUCUGAGGCAUACUACACUCAUUUAUUUCAGAUGGUGAAUUCUAUCCUUAGUCAUGUUUGUCAAUGAAUGUGGUCGUUCACGCAUAGAUCUGUAGUUUCAACUAGAUGGUUAUGUCCUCAUGAUACCGCCAUAAUCAAAUCUUUGACAUUUGGUUUAAUUAAAUAACAUUUUACUCAUUUUAAUGUAUUUAAAAAAUGGUUUAAAAGUUAUUGUUGUCAUUGAC